AUGGCGUCAUUGGUAAUAACAGUGGGCUGGAAUGUUCAUGGAAGUGACGACACUUUUGGGUGGAAGAAGAACACACCGUUAGGACACGUAGAUUUUUAUCCUAAUGGUGGAAGCUUACAGACCGGCUGUCCACGAUCCAGACCUGGUUCGUGCAGCCAUAUCCGAGCUCCUUUGUUAUUCACCAAUUCCAUCAGACGGUGCCAGUAUCUACCAAGAGCUGGUGCCGCCAAUUGUCCUGCGGGUCCCGUUGCAGAUGUUAGAAUGGGUUACUACUCUUAUACCAUCAUGGGACGUGCCCCAUCAACGUACUGCCUUGAGACAGCCGGCUCUCCUCCGUAUUGCUGAACGUAAACUAGAAAGCGGAGGAAUAACAGUUUGAACAUAUUACAAUCAAGAACAAUAAAGAUAUUAUAUAAUCAUUUGGAUUUAUAAUUCAACCUGAAAUCACCCAUAAAUGGAUUUACCUCCCUUUAUUCCAUGUAAGAAAUAAUAGGCUACAGACUACAUAGUUUAAAUAAAUGACAUUCUAAACUG